CACUCAUGCAUCAUGUCUGAGCUACAUCAUUGAUAAAGUGCCACGCAGGGAUGGUCAUGGACCAGGUCACCUUUAGAAGUGACACUGUGCUGUCUGAUGUGCACCUGCUGCUACCAAAUGCUUGCCAUCUCAUGAAAAGACUCAACGGUGUAGGGCAACCAGUCUUCAUUUCAAAGUUCAGGAUUUUGCGAGACUGUGAUGAGAAGGAGCCAAGUGGUGGUUCACCUGUCCGUGAGUGUGAGACAGCUGAGAGCUCUGAUGCCUUGAAUGUUCCUCGGGAUGAAGAUGGGGAUCUGGAUGUGGUGAGAAGACCCAGAAAUGCCACCAGCAAUAGAGACGCAGUGUAUCCCAUUAUCCUCAGCCAAUCGGUAGCAGCACUGACUGACCAGGAUGAAGAUUCUGAGGAGGAUGGUGCCCGUGACAUUAUUAAGAUUGAGCAUACUAUGGCGACGCCUCUGGAAGAUGUUGGGAAACAGAUCUGGCGUGGUGCUUUCCUGAUGGCCGAUUUUAUCCUGGCACAUUCGAGCAUGUUCAAAGGAGCCACUGUCCUUGACCUUGGAGCAGGAACUGGACUGACCAGCAUUGUCAUGGCAAUGGUGGCCAAAAUGGUCUACUGCACAGAUGUUGGUGAAGACCUUCUAAGCAUGUGUCAGAGAAAUGUGUCUUUAAACAAGCACUUUGAAUCUCAAGGUGAUAAAGAGAGUGAAAUAAGGGUGAGGCAACUAGACUGGAUGGCGGGUGAUAUCUGCACAGAUACUGAUUUGGAGUUCUGCUGGACUGAAGCAGAAGUGGAAGACCUGCAUGAUAAUACCACUUUUCUGAUUGCGGCAGAUGUGUGUUAUGAUGAUGAUCUUACAGACGCCCUGUUCAGAACACUAUACAGAAUUAUUGGCAACUUGCGCCAUCCUAGCACAACCUACAUCUCCAUAGAAAAGAGAUUGAACUUCACACUGCGACACAUGGAUGUGUCUUGUGAAGCUUAUGAUCACUUUCGCCACUGUCUAAAUGAGUUACAACAGAUGACGGAUGGAAAGACGAAUUUCACUAUUGAGCCAGUAAAGAGAUCUUUUCCCCAGUUCUUUCAGUACGAAAGAGUAGAACAGCUGGAACUUUGGAAAGUGACUGCUGAAAGACCUUAAUAUAUAACACCCUAAAAUUUUCAACACCAAGACACUGAUUUAAAAUGUUGGCAGAAUGGAUCUUUUGUUGUUGUAUUUUACACAAUGUAAAACUGAAGGUCCUUAUUUGAUACAGUAAUAUACUUUUGAUUCUUAAAAUAAUUUAUUAAAAGCUAUAAAAGAGAAGGAAAGCCAAGGUUUUACUGUCACAAACUUGAACUUUUUAGUAAUAAUAAGCUUUGAUUCUUUGAUAUUAGUUUGUGGCAGGUUUUUCAGUGCAUUAUUGGGUGAAUAGUGUUCUAUUUUAUGAUGACAUAUUUUAUUAUGUAAAGAGACUAAAUUUAUUGUCAUUGAGGUAAUACAGUUUUGAGUUUCAACAAAUAAAAAUUAUAUGGCCUGUAUAGUUGAGAAGCUCCUGUGCAAAUUAAUAUAGCAUUUGUAUGACCUAAAAUGUCAUAUUUUUUAUUUAUUUAGUCAUUUGCAUAUGAUAGAUUGAAUAAAUUGUGCAUAUCAUGGUAAAUCUAUCUUUUAUAAAGCUUAGAAUUUCUGUAAUAUGCAGCCACACAGAGGCAAGGUGCUAAAUGAGUGGAGAUGCUGAGCUGAGGUUUUGUUGUUUUUCUCUCUGAACACUAGAAGCAAUUGGGAAGCAGGCAUGCCAUGGUCCACUCAUUGUGCAGAUUACUACACAUUAAUGUUUUCAUGAUGUGAAUCAGCUCUGACAAGUAUUUGAGUAUUUAUUUAUGCACUAAUUUAAAUUAUAAAUCAUUGUGGCAUUUGUUGUUUGUUUGUGUGGUUUUGAAACACAUUUGAAAGGUAGGGAGUGUGAAUAAAAUCCCUUAAGAUGGAAUUAAACGUAUCACUAGUAAAGUGUAAAUUAGAUGUACAGAUAGACACAUAUUUAAUUAAACUGUUUGUC